AUGGAACUAGGGCCAGAUGCGCUGGUGGUCGUAUGGGAUUUUCCCACAGGCCGCGGCUUUCGAGCCACCAGCCGUAUCAACAAGGGACAGAUUUACCUGAAGGUUCCUUUCGCAAAGUGUUGGUCUGCUGCCAAAGCACGAGAGGCCUACAAGGAACUGAGCUCGUUGCAAAAACAUCACUUGGCAUCUGGGGAUGAAGAUGUCAUGGCACUGCAUCUCCUCUUGGAGCGCUCCAAGAUGGAUGCAGGUUGGAAUGCUGAGCACCUCAAGUCCCUUCCAAGGAGCUUUGAUAUGCUUCCGCAUUGGUCAGAGGCAGAGUUGCUUGAGUUGGGAGAAGCCGAUCUGCAAAACACGGCCAGACGACUAAAAGCGCAGGUGAAGGGAGAUUUCUCUGCUCUGAUGCGGGCAGCGGAAGCGUGCGGCUUCCUAGGAAUGUUGCAGGAGAAUGGAAUCGACUUUGAUGCCUAUUUCUGGGCAAAGUCAGUUCUUUGGAGCCGAUGCGUCGAUUUUUCACGAGACUUGCUAAUUCAUGCAGGCCUGCCAUUACCUGAAGGUGAGCACUAUCGUCUACUUGUACCUGGCUUUGAUAUGGCCAAUCAUGAUCCAAGGUUGGCUGGCACUGGACGAACACACACAAUCUUGGAG